AUGGCCCGUGUCCCGGCCGCCGAAGAAAUGGAACACUCCGAUUGGCACGGACGGUUUGAAUAUACUCCGUGCUCCGUGGUUUCUCUUGUCAUCCAGCAAAAAGCAGAAAAAAAAAGCAUUGCAUUCGCAGUGCUACUAGUAAGCAAGGAAGUUGAUGGCGCCGUGUGGAGGUCUGUCACUCAUCAUGGUGGAAGCCUAUCAAAAUCGAUUAAACUAUCAGUACUGUUCCUUUUUGCAAGAUGGCUAUUGGGUGAACUGUCAUCUCGGCAGUUAAAAAGUCAUCUUGACUCACUGUUGCAGCAGCCAGGAAUCGAGCAGCAUUUUGAUGUCCAUAUCAAGCGCAAAGUAUACUCCUGA